GUCCGAAUUGAAGAUAAAGGGUGAAUUAAGGUCACGCAGUUAAUGCUGUAUAAUUCGAGAUGAAGUUGCUACUUAAAAUAAAACUCUGCUGCGAUUCUGUACCAGUUUAAAUACAAAUUCAAAAUUCACCUUGAAAAUGAAGAAAUUAUCCAAGAUUGACAUCAAUAGUGGAGUAGCCGGCUUUCUUAGUUUUCUCAUUUUGGGAUUCGUUAUGUGCACAACUCGAGUCGCGAGUCUACUAUUUGUUGAUGCAAUCACCAGGUACAAUGUUGAUCGGGAGCGGGCAUCCUUUCCAUUUAUAUUGUGCUAUAUGACUAGAAAUUCAAUAGGUCCGAUAGUUGGAUUUUUUAUUAAAAAGUUUGGUUUUCGAUCGGUAACCAUUACGGGGUGUUUCCUCUCAGCUGCUUCAAUCGGAGGCUGUUUCUUUGCCGAAGAUAUCGUCACGGUUACGAUCUUGUGGGGAGUUGUCUAUGGUAUCAGUUUUGGAUUUGGCACUCUUUCGGUCCCUCAUUUCUUAAGCCUUCAUUUCUCAAAACACUUGGAUAAAGCUAAUGGAAUAGCACUUGCAGGUGAUUCAGUGGGGUAUUUUCUAGUUUCCUUACUUGUUGAAUAUUCUCUGAUCACAUAUGGUCUUUCGGGGACAUUUCUCAUUAUUUCCGGUGUGAUGCUGCACAGUGUACCGGCUGCUUUUCUAUUAAAAAUUCCCGAGGAAACCUGCAUUGAAACUGCGCUCGAUUCAUCCACAGAAAAGUACAAUCUCGAGGAGAUACACAGUGAGGUAAAAGGUAAUAGUAAUUCUCCAGCAAAUAGUUGCAAUAUCCUCGAAAACACACAGCAGAAAUCAACAGCUCAUGCUUUUCGGAUUUUUCUGGAUCCUGUAUACAUCCUCAUAGUUGUCAUACAAAGUGCAAUGCUGUACAAUUAUUCAACGACUUAUACUAUUCUCAUAGACGUUUCCAGAGACAAUGGUGUUUCUUUUGAUCAGGAAGUGUACGUUUUUCUGGCUGUAUCUAUAGCGGAACUAUUUGGUCGUUUAUUUUUGGGUUCUAUAACUGAUGCUGGUUAUUUGACCAAGUUGAAUUUUUCAGCCUUGAGUUUUGCAAGCAUGGGAUUGUUAUAUGCUACCCUUAUAUGGAUAAAAGGACCAACUAUAAUGAUGGUGUUUGGGUUUUUCUUCGGUUUAAUUUUAGGAGGACUCAAUACAGUCAAUUCGGGAGUCGUAACAGCCUACAUAGACAAGGAAUAUCACAGUAUAGCUGUGCCAUCAAGACUUAUUUUAUAUCCACCUGUAAGCUUCACUCAAGCUCCACUUAUAGGAUACUUCCGAGAUACACUACAGUCUUAUGAUGGAUUAUUUUAUAUACUUAUCGGUAUAUGCGUCUUGAGUAGCCUUAUAUGUGUAAUUAUUCCUCAUAUAGUCGUUUGGAGAAAAAACAGGAUGAAAUGACUUACUUCAAUGCAAUAUUAUUACAAUCUGUGGUGGAACAUUUAAGUGAUAUUUUAAAGGAUCCCCACUUAGGAACCGGCAGCAUUUUGACUUUGUAAUCCUCAUUGUGGAGCUCCUAAUUCCAGAACAUAGUAGAAAAGACAAGAUCUACAAAGAACAAAAAUUACAACUUCAGUUUCAUUGAAACAGGUUACACAACACAGUACAGUGGAAAAUCUGAAGUAUUAGCAAGCGACACUGUGCAGAAUAUAUUUUUCGGCGUCUUUUAGAAAUUUGAGAGCUUAACACUCAGGUCCAAGUUCAGAACAAGUGUUCUGGCUAAAAUUAUUAUCCUAAACCUAAAAUAUUUCCUUGAGAUGACUUCAUUUCAAAGACUAAUUAUUCUAUCAGAAUAAAUUCUGUGUUAUUUAUAAAUCAUUAAAGAGCAAACGAUGUUAUUCAUUAUGGUACAGUUAUACAAACAAAAAUUGAAAAUUUUAACGAUUUUACUUAAAUUUUAAUCAAACGAUAAUUAAUUCAACAACAGCAAAUAAAAAUGCAUUCAUCAUUUUAUAAGAAAUAUUCAACACUUCAUAUUGGAGUUUUUUUUUAAUUUAAAUGAUAAAUUGUUGGAUUUUUAUA